AUGAAGAUGAGGAGUUUCAUCAUAAUGGCUUGUUUAUGCCAUGGAAUGGUCAGCUUGGAAGAACUGGGAACUUCAGAAAGACUUGACAUUAACUAUAACGUGGACCCUGAGUGUUUAAUGAAUAUCAGUGAGAUUAUCCAUUUUCAUAAAUAUCCAAGUGAGGAAUAUCAUGUUGAAACAGAAGAUGGAUAUAUACUUACCAUUAACAGAAUACCAUAUGGAAGGUAUAAUGGUGCAAAUAAAGCUGCACGACCUGCUGUAUUUUUACUACACAGCGUCGUUGGAGAUGGUUCCCACUGGAUUUCUAACCAGCCCCACAACAGUUUUGGUUUCAUAUUAGCAGAUAACGGUUAUGAUGUUUGGCUUGGGAAUAGCAGAGGAAACACCUGGUCUUCAAAUCAUAAGACAUUGAAACUAUGGCAGAAGGAAUUCUGGAGCUUUAGUUUCCAUGAGAUGGGAUACUAUGACAUUCCAGCCGUCAUAAACUUUAUCCUGAACAAAACCAAACAGCCGCAGCUUUAUUAUGUGGGCCAUUCAGAAGGCACAACUGCUGGUUUCAUCUCAUUCUCUUCUUGGCCAGAACUGGCUGAAAAAAUCAAGGUCUUUUUCGGAAUGGGACCUAUAGCCACACUAACAUAUGCUACGACUCCGAUAGUAAAAAUCUGGGUGUAUCCUCCACUGAUUCGGAGUCGUAUGGACAUGUAUGCAGCACAUUCUCCUGCUGGGACAUCGGUACAAAAUCUUCUUCACUGGAAACAGAUCUAUAACAAAAAGGUCUUUCAAGCAUAUGACUAUGGCACCAAGGAAAAGAACAUGGAGAAGUAUAACCAGAUGACUCCUCCUGUAUACAAGAUAGAAGAUAUAAAAAUACCCAUUGCACUCUGGUUUGGGGGAAAUGACUUAUUUGUGAACAUAAAAGAUGUCCAGGCAUUAAUAGCACGGCUUAGUAAUGUCAUCUAUGAGCAAUAUGUUCCUGAAUGGCAACAUCUGGAUUACGUUUGGGGACUGGAUGCAACUGAGGUUAUGUACAUGCCUAUCAUUGAGAUAAUGAAAAAAUAUCAGUGA